UCGGCUCCGCCUCCUCACCGGUGAUUGGGCGCCGGCACUCGGCCGAACUGGAAGAAGGAGCAGCCGCUCCUCUCCCCCACUGACACCAACGAUGAGGCACUGUUCCUCCCCCACUGACACCAACGAUGAGGCACUGUUCCUCCCCCCCACUGACACCAACGAUGAGGCACUGUUCUCCCCACUGACAACAAUGAUGGGGCACUAUUCUCCCCACUGAUACCAAUGAUGGGGCGCAAUUCCUCCCACUGACACCAAUGAUGGGGCGCAAUUCCUGCCACU